CCCCCUUUUUUUGAAUAGGGGUGGCCGGGUGUGUGUGCGAAUCUCUGUAUUUGGAGUGUGUUCGAAUCCCGCCCGCCUGAUUCAUCCGGCGGGGGACGUGCGUGUGUCGGCGUGUGUUUGCCCGAUUGCAAAACCUGGACGGGAGUUGCCAGGCUUGGAAACGCCCCUUUCUUUCUUUUUAGCCAGAGUGUUAAGACUCUGGAAUCCUUAUUAUUUCAUCUUUAAAAAAAAAAAAAAAUUAAAAAAAAUCCAACAACAGCAGCCACUUAAAUCAGCUUUCAGGUCCUCAAAUCCAUUCCCGUGGCCAUUGUGGAGCUAAAAAAACAACAACAACAUUGAUUCCAGGGCCUGAAACACAACACCGUUUCUUUUUAUGUUGUGGCAACAAACUUACUCCGUAACAAUAAUGUAUACUGUUUACAAUCUCUCUCUCUCUCUUUUACAAUUUAUUUAUUUACGCCUAUGUGGAAGUUCCUAAAUGUUUCCAAGCUUAGAGAAGAACAGCAGGAGAAGGGAAGAGCGGAGGAAGUCAGCAUCAUGUCGUCGGACGAAAGCGGCGCCGGGUGCGAAACCACCCCUGAAGGCACAGAAGCCGAAGAGCAGAACAUCGUGAGCCGGGUGGCCGGCCUCCCUCUGGUCAGCUCCACUUACGACAUGGUCUUCACGGCGUACGCGUCCACCAAGGAGAACCAUCCCCUCUUGAAAUCCGUCUGCGACGUGGCCGAGAAAGGAGUCCGGACCGUCACGGCUGCUGCCGUCUCCGGGGCUCAGCCGCUCCUGAACAAGCUGGAGCCUCAGAUUGCAAUGGCCAACGAAUACGCCUGCCGGGGCCUGGAUAAGCUUGAGGAAAAUCUGCCCGUCUUGCAGCAGCCGUCUGAGAAGGUGGUGGCUGAUACCAAGGAGUUAGUCUCUGCCGGAGUCACGGGGGCCCGGGACGUGGUCUCCCUUACCGUCAACGGGGCCAAAGGGGCUGUCACCAGUGGCGUGAGCGGAGUCGUAGGUUUAGCCAAGGGAGCCGUGCAAGGCGGUGUGAACACCGUCCUGGGGUCCCGGGUGGGCCAGCUGGUGGCCACCGGCAUGGAGGCCAUGUUGGGGAAGUCCGAAGAACUGGUGGACCAUUACCUUCCCAUGACGGAUCAGGAGCUCGCCCAACUGGCCACCUCGGUGGAGGGCUUUGAGGGGGCCACCGUGGCGCAGCAGAAGGAGCAACGCAGCUAUUUUGUCCGGCUGGGCUCCCUCUCGGCCAAGCUCCGCCACCGGGCCUUCCAGCAUUCCCUCGCCAAGCUGAAAGACGCCAAGCGUGGCACCGAAGAGACCCUCGCCAAGCUUCAUCAGACUCUUGAGCUGAUGGAACAUGUGAAAGGAGGGAUGGGCGAGAAACUCCAGGUCAGUCAGGAGAAGCUCCACCAGAUGUAUCUGGAGUGGAACCGGACUCAAACUGGGAGCGAGGAAGAAGUGAAGUCACUGGUGCAGCCAGAGGUCGAGUCCCGCACUCUUGCCAUGCUCCGCAGCCUCACCCAUCAGCUCCAUCUCUCCUCCGCCACCCUCCUGUCCCGGGUUCAAGGCCUCCCCGCCGGCGUCCAAGAGAAGGCCCAGUCCGUCCGCCACACCGUGGAGGACCUCCGGACCUCCUUCGCCGCGGCCCACUCCUUCCACGACGUGCCGGCCGCACUCUUGGCCCAGAGCCGGGAGCGGCUGACCCAGGCCCGCGGCUCGGGGGCAAGGACGUCCUUCUGGCUCAAGGCUGAGACAAGCCGCAGCCCAUCAAUAGAAAAGAAAAAUUCUGAGCCUGAUUGGCGUCUCCCUGUUCCUCAAGAUUUUGGCUGGCGGGCUGGGCUAUGA